AUGGAAUUUAUUUCGAGGGAGAAAUUGGGUAUAAUUCGACGACUGGCACAUGUGACGCCAUUAAUUUAUCAGCGUUGCGUUUAAUUGGGCCAUCCGCAUCAACUGCGUCAGUGUAGCCGAGUUUAUUAGAUAACGUUUGUUGAUUGGUCAAUUAAAAUCGAUCCAUCUCCAAUUUCACAUACGGAAGGGGGGCAUCGCAUAAAACCACAAGUCGUUAGAAGUUUUUUAUCAGUUUUGCAAAGAAUUCAGAUGUUUUACCUAGGGAGAGACGCAAUUAAACAUUAUGAAUGCGUCCUCGUGUUCCUCCUUGGUGUCUCCAUGGCAGCCGCUGGGACGAGAUACAUCGCCAUACCUAUUGAUGGGAUCGAUGUUAUUGAAGUGAAUUCAAUUCUACCGCAAGCUCCACGCUACCCGCGUCAUACUGAGGCUUACCUGGUGCCGAAUCCGCAGGAAACUGAGAGCCAAGUGCCCAGGAUCGAACGAUCGGCCUCUCAAAUACUAGAUUAUGUGGAUUUUGGAGCCCAAACUGGUGUUAAUGGGGCGUACAGCUGGUAUGCAGAUUAUCCAACUCGUUCCUGAUUUAAUGGAGAACGGGGAUAAAUGGAGUGAUAACUCGAGAUUGGCUGAGUGAAAUAUAGCAAAUUUAAGCUCACUUUCAAGGGCUUAUUUCGACCCCGAAAAUGAGCUCCGAGUCAUCGAAAUCGCAUCAUUCAGUUAGGAGAUAUACAUAACUAAAAAGAAGUCCAACUUCCUCCGAAUUUCAACCGAUUUUUCACGACCGGUCUGUUACCUUGAAUAACUCCAGAUCGGUAGAGUGAAUUUCACCAAUUCUUUUUUCAUUCUCAAGAACAUUCUUAAGACUUCAAAAUGAAUUUAGAUUCAUGAAAAUCGCAUCAUUUGUUGAAGUGACAUCGAUCAUCAAAGAAACUACAUGCUAUUUAACUCUAGAAUGACUUCACAGAAAUGUGCAAAUAAACAGAGUACAUAAUCCAGUCUACAGUAAUAA